AUGUCCGGUCCGCCCUUCACAGUUCGGGCUGUCUUCGAGUAUGUAUCGGAACAUGACGACGACCUGAACUUCCCGAUCGGGCAAAUUGUCACGGUCACCGCCCUGGAAGAUGACGAUUGGUACUAUGGGGAAUACUCAGACCCCUCAGGAGCCAAACAGGAGGGUAUCUUCCCGAAAAAUUUCGUGGAGAAGUACGACCCUCCCGCGCCCCCUCGACCAUCUCGUCCCAGACCCAAGAAGGAACCCGAGCCGGUGCAGUCCCCCGUGGAAGUGCAAGCGCAACCCGAGCCUGAAGUGCUGCCCGAACCCCCUCGGCCACAAUCCCCACCGAGUGCCCCUGUCGCAGAAAUACCAUCGUCUCCCCCACAGCCGGUAAAGGCUCCUGCUCCCGCUCCCGCUCCUGUUCCUGCACCUGCGCCCGUGCCCGCUGCCGCUCCCGCCGCCGCCGCCCCGGCUGAACCUGUUGCCAAAGCACCAUCUUCCAAGCCGGCUCCUCCAGCCGUUGCAGAGAAGCCUUCUGGAUCUUCGUUCAGGGAUCGAAUCGCCGCAUUCAAUAAGCCGGCUGCUGCGCCCAUCACACCAUUCAAACCAGGGGGUUCCCAGCCGUCCUUCAUUAAGAAGCCCUUCGUCGCACCGCCUCCCAGUCGAGAUGCCUACAAACCUCCGCCAAGAGAGCCUGCGCCCGUGGCCUACAAGAGAGAGGAAGAUCCUGCGGUGAAAGAGCAAAUCACACGUGAGCCCCCGGUCUCUGAAAGCCGGCCUGCACCUGUGCCCGCACCCGCGCCCGCUGCUACCGAAGAAGGCGAGGAAAGCGCCGAAGACCAACCCAAGCCAACUAGUUUGAAAGACCGGAUUGCUCUGCUUCAGAAGCAGCAGAUGGAACAAGCUCAGCGACAGGCGGAAGCCGCUCAGAAGAAAGAAAAGCCUGCACGUCCGCCUCCCAGAAAGUCUAUGGACGAGCCGUCUGCUGCCGCUGUCCCCACAGCCCCUGCCCAGGAGGAAGAGCAGGAAUCGCCCAUUGGACAAUCUCCAAGUGUGCGAGAUCCCAGUGUGGACACAAUGCGGACUGCGGCUCCUCCCCCACAGCCACCUGUGCCGUUCUCGCCCACCCAGGAAGCCACAAGCGACGCCAAUGAUGCCGACUACUCUGCGGCCGCAGACUCCGAAGAUGCCGGUGAAACCUCGGCAAGCAAAGAUGAUGACGAAGAUCAGCCGCGUCCUAGCUCCCAGCGCCGACCGUCCACUCGACCGGUCGAGCAGCCCGCCGAGGAGCCAGAGGCUGAAGAACAGGCCGAUGAAGAGGAAGAGGAAGUGGACCCUGAGACCAAACGCAGGGCAGAAUUGCGUGAGCGUAUGGCCAAGAUGAGCGGUGGCAUGGGUAUGAUGGGUCUCUUCGGUCCACCUGGAGGAGGGAUGCCUGGCAUGUCCGGCCCUGGUGCUGCCCGCACUAAACCCAAGGCCCCGGCCGAGUCGGAGAAGAGGCCUGCGGAGCCUGAAGAGGAGCCCACUUCGCCUGUCAAUGCCCCACCGGUGCCCAUGGUUCCCCUCCCUGGCAUGAACUUGGCCACUAAGCCAGUUCCUUCGACCGAGGUAGAGAAGGAUGAGGAGCCAGUGGCCACGCCUAUCACUGAACAGCAUUCUGCGCGUGAGUUGCCAGACGUGGAAGAUGUAGUUCACGAAGGUGCAGUGCCUCGUGCCUCUAUUGAUCGUCCGCCUCCAGCCCUGCCAUCCCAAGGUAACACCAAGUCCUGGACCCGACACAAACUUCCUCCGUUGCUAACUCCAAUAGACCGUUCAGCGCCGCCUCCUCCCCCUCGGGAGUCGAGACCCGUCCCGAAUGUCCCUGGCGAGCCGCCAGCUUCUCCCCCACCAGUUCCCGGAGACCGACCAGUCCCCCCUCGACCGACGACUGCCGAGAAUGGCGAUGAGUCUGAUGAUGAGCUUUCAGUGCACACGUCUAAUCUAUCUCUGAACACGCUGGGCAAUGCGCCGGCUGUGCCUGCACCUGCGAUUCCUGAUCAUUUUGAAUCCCGUCGUUCAUCGACAUAUGAACCCGUCUCGUCAACGGCCUCGACCCCUGCUGCCGAAAAGAGAGCUAGUCGGGUACCACCACCUAUCCCAGCUAAUCCGCCCAUGCCCCCGUCGCAGAGCCGUGCACCACCUCCACCCCCUCCUGAGCAGCUCCGUCGUCGCUCUACUGCCGACAGUCGGACGAGUGCGGUUGCACCUCCUCGACAGGCUGGAGACGACGUGGAAGGCGAAGUGACCGAAUAUGACGGGGACUACGACACUGAUAUUGCAUCUGGAGUGAAGCACAAGGAUGCAUUGAAGUCUCAUGAACGUGAUUCUAGCUUUGACGAGGGUACCAUCACCGAUGACCAUUCUAUCAAGUCACCUCGUAGCCCUCAGGAGUCUCGUCAACCGCCACCCCUUCCUCCUGUCGCUCCCAGGGCAGUUCCUCCCCCUCCCCCAAGCCAACCGCCUCGCAAUCCCCGUGCGUCCAUUGACACACCCCGAGGCCCCCCUCCCCCUCCCCCAAACAGAGAGCCGGCCGGUGGCGAUGAUGAUGAGGAGUACGACCCAUUCAACUACGCUGCCCCUCAGCAUGGCCUACCUACAUCACCCCUCCCACAUGGCCGCCCCGAGGUACCGCCUCCCUUCCCACCGCAGCAAGAGGCCGACGAGGAAUAUGACGAUCUAUAUGACGCUCCACCAGCCGCAAAUGAGCGACCUUCCAUCUCGCAUGAGAAGCGGCCUUCGCUGGCACCACCACCGCCCCCUCAGUCCCAGGCUCCAGCGUUGCCAUCCCCGUCGGCAGCCCGAAGCCAGCGGGCAUCCAUGGAUCUCCUGAGAGGGCCAGCCAACAUUCGUCGGUCUAUGGAUGUAUCACGUCCCUCGGUGGACCUCGGUUAUAUCGCAGCCGACGCAGAUCUUUCCGAAAACACCCUCUGGUGGACUCAGCCCAACACUCCUCCCCCUGCAUUCCAAAACCGCAACGAUCUUCUCUUCGAGGUCGAGGAGUCAGCUUCCACUAAACGAGGUGGAAAGACAACUGUGUCCAAAGAUAUCUAUAUUCUCUUCCUGGAUUACUCUCAAACCGUUGUGACGGUGCAGUUCGACUCCAAGAACCCUGCUGAUGCUACCCUCGAGCAACGCCAUGAGCCCCCACCCCUGCAGCCUCGUCAGGAUCAACUCGAGCAAGCCCACAUCCAGCUUGGAACCCGAAUCUCGGAAGCCGUCAACUCGGUUCAAAACUCCACUGUUGGUGACGGUACUCCGUUCGGAUUAAUCCAGUACCUGCUCAACCCUCUAGCCGAAGCCCUGCUUCCCGUUGGCAGCCGAGGCUACGGCGCUCUGGUCUACUCCAACCUGGCCAAUGCCUCGGUGUCCCAGAACGAUGAGAUCCGCGCUGGUGACAUUGUUAGCUUCCGCAAUGCCCGCUUCCAAGGUCACCGGGGCACCAUGCACCAGAAGUACAGUGCCGAGGUUGGCAAGCCCGAUCACGUGGGUAUCGUGGUGGACUGGGACGGCACGAAGAAGAAGAUCCGAGCCUGGGAACAGGGUCGGGAAAGCAAGAAGGUCAAGAUGGAGAGCUUCAAGCUCAAUGACCUUCGCAGUGGUGAGUGCAAGGUCUGGCGACCGAUGCCCCGUAGCUGGGUUGGCUGGGAAUCCAGCAAGUAG